CGCUGUUGUUCCACCAAAUGAUUAGAGUCUGCUCCCGGCUUCGCAAGGCACGUUCACGCUCCUGCGAGAGCUGUGAUUGGUCAACGCUGGUUACCAUAGACAUCGGUGACAGUUGUUUAGAUAUGGCGUCUGCUUGAGUAGAAAAAACAGAUUUUACAACACAUUUUAAACUUGUGUUUUUAUUGUUUUUUACAUUCCAGUUAUAAUUAUUGGCAUGGCAUCACAGCAUUAUCCUGUUGGUCUAAUAUACUUAUGUAUUUCUUUGCUGGUUUUCGUAGAAGUUAUUUGGGGACAGUCUGUCUUCUAUUGACAACUCUCCCUUCCUGGGGCUCUUCUACCAAGGUGCUACAAUCAAUCCUAUUGAAAGCCCUUCCUUUCAGACACCUUCCAUAGCUGAGCCCAUUGUGCUUAAUGGUUACACACAAGGGAGCACAAUUUUAACAGAAAAUAAUCAGUAUUUUACUAUUCCACAGGUAAGAACCUCAGUUUUAAAUCUUUACAUGGUCUAAUAGCUACAUUCAAUUGAAUUUACAAAAGACUAUAUUGAACCUAAUUGCUAAUUUGUUAGUUAAAUUGGAAUGAAACCUUGAUGUUGCCUGUAACGUUUUCUAAAAGCAUAGCAUCUUUAUUUCAGCAGUCCAUGAAUGGACUGUGUAAGAGAAGCUCCAGUGGCUUUUCUCCAGAAUUUUAAAUCAAGCUGUGUGGCACCUCUUACUGCUUGUAACAUUUCUCAGUCUGCUUGUCUCAAUCCUUUGGAGCUAAGUCUCAGGAUUAUAAACGGACAAGGAGGUUUCAUUAACAUCACAGUGAUUGAACAGCUCACUACUGAUCUGAGUGAUUUUGUUUCUGAUCCAAAUAAUGCAGAAACUCUUAGUCCAACACAGGAGUCUCUGUUCCCAGUAUCUUCAAACUCAGGGGACUUGAACGCUUCAGAACAAAAUGGGUUAUGUGAAAAUAAAUCUUUAUCCCUGGACUACACUUUCUUUUGGAAAGGAAACUCCCUCAUUAAUAUAACUGUCAUUCAUCUUAUUGGAAAAGUCUGUUUGGAUGCAAACGCAAAGUUGCCAUUGACGUUGACACAGAGAUUUAGUGCAGUGUUUGUAAAUGGAGAUGCAACGGCACAGUCCAACUCAGGAAAUCCAGGUUAUCAGAUUGGAAAGCCUGUUAUUGCUGGAAAUACGAGAAGCAGUGUGAUAACCAGGACAACCCUAAACAUUUGGCAACCAGUUGGGAAUGGGCUGUGUGCCACUGCGAAAACAACACCUGUCUUAUUUGGAGUGGACUUUACAUCAGGAUGCAUUCUAAGACUCAGUUUGAAGGGAUUGUCUAACUGCAGUCAGACCAGGGAGACUGUACAGAAAGGCCUGUCUUCACUGGUUAGCGCAACUAUUGUUGCAAAGAGAGGCAACCCGGUAUCCACUGAUCUGAAUGAAUGGGUGUCUAUUUCAAUGGCACUGAAUAUGUCAAGCACAGCUGCAGAUAAUGUACCAGGCACCUGCACUGGCGUUCCUGCUAACAUGAACAUCCAAAUCAUCACUGCUGAUGUAGGUGUGGUGGAAGGGGUCCCACAGACAGAAAUUCUUGCUGUAGAGGUUGGUUUUACAUCUGUUACCUGGAAGAUUCAGUGUGGGGGAGCCGAUGUUGCUGCCUGUGUAAACGACUCAGUUGUUCAGUCUUUUCCUGUCAGCACAUCAGUGACAUUUAUCAAGAUACCAGCACAACCCCUUCCUUCUAAAACCAGGUUUCAGUUAAAUUAUACAGAAUACGAUUGCGACCGGAAUGAUGUGUGCUGGCCCCAGCUUGCUUACCCACUGACCAGGUAUUAUACAGACGAGUCCUACUCCCAGUCCAUAGCCAAAGGAAUGAUUCUGGUGUUCAUCUUCAUAGUAGCAUCAGUUUUGGGAAGCCCUUGGAACCAAAUUCGACAAGCCUGGAAAAACACUACCUUUUAAACCCAGCAAACGUGUGUCUUUAAUCACUUUACUUAAAUGUCUUUCAUAAUAAUAAUUAGAUUUGAGUUGCUGUAAUAAUUCAUUUUGUAAAUGCUAGAUUUUAGUUUUUGGUAUUAAUUUUUUUUUAAAUCAUGCUGUAAAUAACAAGUUGUUUAUAAAGCUGUACAUAGCUUUGUAA